AUGAAUACUGGCAGAACUGAUGAAAAUUCGUUAGCUGAUAUCCCAUCGACGAGCAGUCCCAAUAAUGAUAUUCUUUUCUUAUUCGAUGUCGAUGGUACACUUUCACCAAGUAGGCUGAAGGCACCUGAAAGCAUCUUGUUUAUGCUGCAUGAGUUAAAAAAGAAGGUGAACAUAGCUUUUGUGGGUGGAAGCGAUUUAAAUAAGCAAAGAGAGCAAAUAGAAUCCAGCAAUAACAGUAGCGUGUCUUGUGAGGAUGUGCUGGAAUUAUUCACCUAUUCAUUUCCCGAAAAUGGCGUCCAGUUCUAUAAAAAUACAGAGCUCAUUAAAGACGAUUCUUUCAUAGAAAAGAUUGAAAAGAGAAACUGUACCCAACAGGAAAGAGAAGAAUAUUUUGAGGAGGAUAAGAAAUGUAAGGGUCGAGAGAAGUUUGUCGGAGAAUUGUACAAGGAAUUGAAGACUAUGGACAAUGAUGAUAAUAAGCAGUAUAUUCCUCUAACUGAUAUUGGCUGGGAUAAAACCUAUUGCAUACGUCAUAUUAAGGAGACCACUAUUGUCUUCUUUGGCGAUAUGGUAGAAAAGGGUGGAAAUGACUAUGAAAUCUAUAAUCAUGAAAGAAUAAGGGGUGUUCGGGUGUUCGGCCCAGAAGAUACUCUGAAGAAGGUCAAUCAGGAGUUGGAGAGAUUAGGAAUAGAUUCUAUACAUCAAUAA